GAAUACUGCAUGUUUUUUUUCAUAUGGGUAAUAGUAUACACCUCAAGGACUUAAGAUGAAGCUUCGGGUGCAGUUGCAGUGUAAAAACCUUCAUGAAUACCUGAAGGAACUGAGCCCAGACAUUCUUGACAGAUUAUACAACCAUCCAGCAACAUGCCUUGCUGUCUACAGGGAGCUCAUGCCUUUGGCAAAGAUCUAUGUAAUGCGCAUGCUGUUCCUUGAUCAUCCCCUCCCUCAGGCAGCUGUUGCUCUCUGGGUGAAAAAGGACAAUCAGAAAGACAAUGACCAGUGUGUCUCUGUGUUGAUGGGACUACGGUUAUGGCACAGUCAGCAGCUUCAGGGUGGCCUUCAAGGCAUUGUGCUGAACCCUGUCUUUAAGGAAAACCUGAGAAUAGCACUGUUAGGAGGUGGUAAAGCUUGGGCAGACGAGGGCAGCAGCCUUGGUCCAGAUCGUCAUGCGAGAGAUGUGGAGAGUUUGGACCGCUAUGCCAUGGAGCGAUGGGAGGUCAUCUUGCACUUUAUGGUGGGCUCUCCCAGUGCAGCCGUCAGCCAGGACCUGGCUCAGCUCCUCAUACAGGCAGGACUCAUGAGGAGUGAAGCAGGAGAUGCUCCCUGUAUCACUUCAGCGGGGUUUCAGUUUCUGCUACUGGACACAGCCUCCCAGCUCUGGUACUUAACAUUACAGUACCUUAACACCGCACAGUCUAGAGGAAUGGACCUAGUGGAGAUUCUUUCCUUCUUAUUCCAACUAAGUUUCUCUACACUGGGAAGAGAUUACUCUGUGGAGGGCAUGAGCGAGUCUCUGCUCACCUUUCUGCAGCAUCUACGAGAGUUUGGCCUCGUUUUCCAGAGGAAGAGGAAGUCUAGGAGGUAUUAUCCCACCAGGUUAGCAAUAACUCUGGCAGCAGGCGUCGCAGAAAACUCCACCUCUCACGUCAAUCCCACCUCGUCUGCUGUGGGUUCCACUCCAGGGACUGGUGAUUCAGGCUUCAUUGUUGUGGAAACUAACUAUCGCCUAUAUGCUUACACAAACUCUGAGCUGCAGAUUGCCCUAGUGGCCUUGUUCAGUGAGAUGUUGUACCGUUUUCCUAAUGUAGUGGUGGCUCAGAUCACCAGGGAGUCUGUACAGCAGGCCAUCACUAACGGUAUCACAGCACAGCAGAUUAUCCACUUCCUGAGGACCAGGGCACAUCCAGUCAUGCUUAAACAGACACCUGUUCUUCCACCAACCAUUACAGACCAAAUUAGGCUGUGGGAACUUGAGAAAGAUCGUCUGCAGUUCACGGAGGGAGUGUUGUAUAACCAGUUCCUCUCUCAGGCUGACUUUGAGGUACUGCGGGAUAGAGCUCAGGGCUUAGGUGUUCUUGUGUGGCAGAAUGCCCCACACAGGGUUAUGGUGGUCACUCCGCAGGGACACUCCGAGGUCAAGAGGUUCUGGAAAAGACAGAAGAGUCACAAUUAACACAAAAAGAAAUGCAGUGCAGUCAAGAUGGGAGGACAGUCUGUUCAGAAUGAUAUAGAAAAUGUUGAUGGAGUAUUCUGGCUCCAGGGCACCAGGACUAAUGCGAACAUGCCAGUUUGGAGAGUAUGUGACAUUUGACAUGCAAAUGAAAAGCAACUCGUUAAGAAAUCCUUGCUGAUUUAGCAAAAAAAAAAAGAGAGAGAGAGAGAGAGAAAGCUUAUAAUUGCAUUUUCUGUGAUAUCCA